GGACUCGGCUGUUAGAUUGCUGCACAAUUAAAUCAUGCUUCCACAUUAUGGAUCUAGGCUAUGAUCCAUGAUGAGAUAGUCUACUCCAAUAAAACAUUGACAUGCGUGCAAUCAUGGGCUUACAACUAGACUAUACACUAUUCCACAGGUCCAUUGUUUUUCACAACCAUUCAGAAACCAUAAUUUACAAAAUUUGACACUGAGUUGGAGAGGUCCGUCGCGGAUGCCGCAACGUAUGGCUCGAGGUAUGGUAUGUUAUGGUUUAAACAUUUCAACUUUCAAAUAUGGCGCCAGUAUCGUGUAAAAGUAGGUCAGUUUGCUGCCUCGUUUUGAACAACUGAGAUUACAAAAUUUUGGUCAUUGUAUUGAGUUUACAGUUCUUUGCGUGAAAGCUGUUCAAAUGGACAAAAUUGGGAGGAAGAGGUCAUUGUUUGGAAGACAACCAGUUAGAAUUCUCCUGGUUGAUUCCAGUCCUCCUAUGGAUGAAGAGAUCUGUCAAAACCUGACUGCUGUGUUAGGAGAAAUGUUUGCUGUUGUUUCUAAUCUAAAUGGUCCAUCAAGGUCACCAUUUUUUGGUCUUCUUGUACUUGGUGUCUAUCCUGAGGUAUUGUUCCCAUUGCAACAUGUUAAGGGUAACACUGGUAAGCUCCACGCUGCACUUCAGGAGCUACAGAAUGUAUCAUUGGGGAGUUCUGCACAUUCUGACACUGGUGACUGUCUUUGUAUGGGACUCAAGGAGGCAGCUUUGCAAUACAGAAGACAAUCCCGAAGUUUUGCUCAGGUAGGCGGGUAUUGGAAUCAACUCGAGGUGAUUUUUGUCACUUCAAAAUCUGGGGAUUCAGUGAGUAAGCACAUACAAAGGAUCAGUCACUCCCUUGAUCUUGAUGUCUUGAAGAAAAUUCUUGUAGUAAGUGUAACAAACACAGGGAGGUUGAACCUGGAAGAGGAGAGUGGAGAAUGUAACCAGACUGUAGAUAUGAGUCUCUCGAACCUCUCAGAGCUAGAGGAGAUUGCACAAUGCAGUGACAUUGUAGAUACCAUCUCCCUAGAACAUGAUAAGAUGUGCCUUGAGAACUUCUUCAAAGGCUGGCUGUUGGACACCAGCACUGAUAGUGAACACGUUCACAUUAUCUUGCAACAAGAAAAGGGUUCAUUGAUAGUAAAGUGUGAUAUCCAGGAAAGGUUAUUGAAUCCAGCACAACUACCAUUCAACAGUCAGUUUGGCUUAAACCAAGAGAACACCAAGGCUCAAACAUCAGGAGCUGUCAAGUCUACCCAGGUCAAUAUCCCUGUAUACCAGCUGAGGGUCAUCAAUCUCAUUUCUUCAGACUCCUUGUGCGAAUCUGUGCUCUUUGGAAUGCCAUAUAUAAUGAGGCCAACAUCUUGUUGGAAGAUAGAUUGGGAUGAGCUAGAGAUAAACCAGCAACAUUUUAAUGCCUUAACAAGUCUCCUUAAGAAUAAGGAGCUGGUGAUUCUCGCUCGGAUUGAUUCUCCAAAUGAAGGUCAGGGAUCCAAAGGUUCUUACAGCACUACUGUCCCUCUUGCCCCUUGUGGUCACUUCAUUAUCCUACCAUCUGAGGGAGGAAGCAUGUUAAUCAAAUCUGUGGCUGUCAAUGAGUUAAUGCUACCAUGUGAGAACUCUAUCUUAGCUGACAGCCCUAGUCAGACGAGUUUAGAGACAGUAGAAGCAGCUUUAGCACAGGUUGAGGUCCUGCCCUCUUAUAACCCUCUGAAAGUGAAGUCUGGAUUAAACAAAAGCUUGGUUGCCAUGGUUACAAAAGGAAUGCCAAGACAACCUCUGAAGCGGAAACCUACAAGAGGUGGUACAACUUCAAACACUGGUGUCCCUAGCUAUCAUUCAGCAUUCUCAGACAAGCCAUUUGGAACAACCCAUGGUACAGGUAGGGGUAACACAAUCCAAGUGAGAGGACAAGGUGGAACAACCAGCACAACUCAACCCAAGGGUAGGGGAUAUACAGCACAACACAAUGAUAAAUUUUAUUCAUCUAAAAAGGUGAAAUUUUCUGGGAGAGACAUUUAUGGAAGACCCUGUGAUGUUGAUAGCUCUUUUCCAACAGAACUUUGAUGAGAUCUGCAGCCAACAGAGCUUAGCCUAAGUAAGAUCUGGAAUUAAAAGGUUUUUAGAGUUUUAGUGAGAUCUGGAACAAACAGAUAGAGCUUUAGGGAGAAUUGGAACCAUGCAACAGAGCUUUAUAAUGAGUGAGAACUUGAACAGAGGGGUAUUGCCUUCCACUUGAGUUAGCUUGUACUUGCCUUCAAACAGAGCUUGACCAAAGGAAGCUUGUAUGAGCUAUUGACGUAUAUAGUUGUAUGUUAUCUCCAAACAGAGCUAUUGAACAUUGGGUUGCUACCUUCAAAUAGAGCAAUUGAACAUUGGAUUGUUACCUUCAAAUAGAGCAAUUGA